GAGAUGGCUGUAUAUGUCUCUCUUUCUUCAUUGGUUUCUAGGAGGAUCCGGAUCAGGACAGUCCAGCCUCAGAAGAGAAGUGGAGCAGAUCUGGACUAAACGACAGAAGGACGUUUUUCAAAUCAAAUGAGUGAAACCGCUUCAUUAGUUCUCUUCGUGGGGUUCCUGCUCAGUGCGACAGGUGUGCGUGCCUCCUGUCCCAUUGAGUUGAGCCCCCCCAGUGUUGUGGUGAGAUAUGGAGACUCGGUGUCGGUCAACUGCAGCACGUCGGCGAGCCUGUUUGAAGGGAUGGGCUGGGAGGCUACAGAGGGAGGCAUCAGUCUGGAAAAGGUCAACCAUAUGGUCUGGACUGUGCCGAGUCUCACAGAGUGGACCAUCUCCCCCUUCUGCUACAUCAACCCUGCAUCAGAAAGUCAGUUUGAACAGUGCACCCAGAAACCAAAAGUCGUACUUUACACAUUCCCAGAUAACAUCAGUAUCCGCUCCAACAGCAGCGCAGGUGGUGUGAUGAAAGAAGGGAAGGAAUAUCACUUCACGUGUGACGUCCACAAUAUAGCUCCUGUUCAAAACCUCACUGUGAGGUGGUACAGAGGAGAUGCACUGGUCAAAACGGAUACUGUUGACAAUCCCAGUAAGAAACCAGAGAAUCACACAUCUGUAUUCAGCUUCAAACCGAACAGACAAGACGAAGGAGCCACGUUCAGAUGUGAGGCACAUCUGGACCUGAGGCCAGAAGGACCACAACUUAAUGCAUCUUCACAAGACUAUAAUAUCACAGUUUACUUUGGACCAGAUGUACAAUGUUCUCCUGGUGAACCGGACAAACUGGAGUUAUUGGAAGGAAAAACACUGGAGAGUCAAUGCAACGUGACAGGAAAUCCCAGCCCCGAAGUCAAAUGGCUGAAAGAUGGACAGCCCACAAACUCGUCCGUCGCUCUGAGCCGGAACGAUGCAGGCCUGUACACCGUUAAAGCUGAGGGAGCCAAAUUAACCGAUAUGACAUUCAGGGUUCUCAUACUGUAUGGUCCAGAGUUGAAGUGUCCAACCACUUACACAGCACUGGAGGACACUCCUCUAAACUUCACCUGCACCAAGGCGGGCUAUCCUCAACCUAACAUCACCUGGUCCAAAGACGGCGAGGAGGUGGUGCUCCCAGACAACCUGAAAAGAAGUGAUGCAGGGCAGUACUUGAUCACAGCUUCAAGCAAGCUGUCAAGCGUCAACCUCACAGUGGAGAUUAAUGUCAUAUACCCGCCAUCACAGAUAGUUGAGCUUGAGGACUCUGAAGUUGACGUUGGUUCCACUGUGGGACUGAAGUGCGCCUCUACGGGCAACCCACGACCACAAUACGUGUGGAGUUAUUACCGGACCGACAAUGUGAUAGAGGAAACUGACGAUGGAGUGUCCCGUCUGCACAUCCACAACGCUACUGCAUACAACAUGGGCUCCUACACAUGUAACACCUGGAACGACGCAGGAAAUGUCUCUAAAACAGUCAGAGUCACCGUAAAAGGUGCCAGAGGAGAAUGCCCCAUCUAUAUAACUCCAGACAGGAUGGUGAUACAAUACCAAAGCAGAGGCCAGCUAAGUGCAACAUGCAAACCAACAUCCACCGACUCCAGCCAUGUGAAGGAAAUCUACUGGCAGGAUCGGCAGGGCGUCAGAUUUAACAGCACAAGUUGGUUUCCUGACACCGAUAAGGACUGGGACCCGAGGCCUGUUUGUACUGCGACGUUUUAUAUCAUAGAACCAUGCUCGAAACAUCUAAACUUCACCUUCUACAAAACACCAGACAGCGUCUCCAUCCAUCUUGACAACGGGAGCUCAGUGUGGGAGGAGAGAACAUUCCAGCUGCGGUGUGACAUCACCAACGUCGCUCCAGCAGAAAACCUCGUUGUGCGUUGGUACCGAGGGAAUGAAAGCUUCGAACCACUUAUCAAAGACUCACUGCGAGUGACUGGCUGCCCGCCUGACAACGGCACAGACUGUGACAUCAGCGAUGUCCGAUCGCCGCUGAACGUGUCGUCGACCAUCAGCGUCACUCUAAACAGGACCCAAAACGGAACAGAGUUCAGCUGUGGGGCUCAGUUGGAUCUUGGACGUGAGGGAUCACAGCCUCUUCCAGACAUGAUGUCCGUUCCUCUGAAAAUCUCCGUCUACUAUAAGCCCAUGAUUAACACCACAAAGCUUCCAAAGAAGGUCCCAGUGUUCAAAGGUUAUCCAGAAGAGCUGGUCUGUGAAGCCGAUGGUCACCCGCCUCCAGAGAUCAAGUGGGUCUACAGCUCAGACAAACCACCCCACGUUUCUGGAGACAACCUCAUCGUGUCUGAAGCCGGCGUCUACAACUGCAGCGCCACCAACGAGGUUGACUCCAUGUCCCAUGAGGUCGUAGUGAUUUUAAAAGAGGACUACCUUCCACUCUUAGCUGGAUUCGUGGCCGUCACAGUGGUCGCCAUCUCCAUCGUCUUCGUCUUCAUCUACUCAAUCUACUACAAGAACACCAAGAUGCGCCGCUACAGUCUGAAAAACCCCAAACUCGACACCCCCAGUGGCAACGUGGCUCAAAACGGCUGGGACAUGCAGUUCCCAAUGACCAAACUGUCUUACGUCAUAGCGUGGACAGGGAAGCCUGUGAGGUCCUCCUGUCCAUUCGAGAUAAGUCCUGCUAGGGUCGUGGUGAGAUUUGGAGACCCCAUCUCGGUCAACUGUAGCUCACAAUUAGACCGUAUCGAGUCGAUGGGCUGGGAGUCUGUAGUCGGCGGCACGGGAACUCAAUUUAAUGUCUCUUCUGUUGUCCUGGAAGUAGAAUCUGUGAAAUACUGGGAACUAAGACCGAUCUGCUUCAUCAACCCGGUCGUUGGUGAUCAGUGUCAUCAAACCCUAUCGGUCACCGUUUACAAUCUGCCGGAGAGUGUGUCCAUCUCUCAGCCAAGUGAAACGGGCCCCAUGGUCGAGGGCGAACGGUACCGCAUGCAGUGUGACAUUGUUAAUGUUAAACCACUAAAAAACCUCCUUGUGCACUGGCACAAAGGAAAUAAGAUCAUCGCCACUGACACGUUUGACCAGUCCAGUCUGUCCGAUCCAGUCAGUACGUCUUCUUUCUACAAUCUGACCGCCCAGAGGGGUGACAAUGGAACUGAGAUCUGGUGUGAUGCAAAGCUGGACUUUUUACCAGAUCUCCACACGAUCCAUUCAAAGUCACGUGAAGUGAUCGUGCUGUACUCACCAGCCUUCACCAAGCCUGAAAGUGAGACGCUGGAGCUGAAAGCUCGCAGUGAAAUAAUUUUAAACUGCACUGCUGAAGGAAACCCAACGCCGGUAUACAGCUGGCAUUUACCACACGCAAUACAACGGACCAAUCAAAAUGAGAAUCAACCCGUUUUGACGCCGUCCCCUCAGCUUCCAGGCACCUAUAACUGCACAGCGUCCAACAGCCAGGGCACCCAGACCAAAUAUUUCACCGUCAUCGAACCUACAAGGAACUACACAACCAUUGCAGCCCUGCUGGGAGUAGGUUUGUCCCUGGGAGCCGGGCUUUUCGUUGGCCUUCUUUUUCUUCUCACACCGGACGGAACUUUUUCUUGCAACAAAGGCAGCUAUAUGCCAGGACGGCCUACCUCAUCAGGACCCGUAUUGUCAGGUGAAGGUUGCUCACUCAUCCUCAAGCCCUCCAGGGUCGUGGUGGGCUUCGGGGAGCCGGUGUCGGUCAGCUGCGAGGCUGCUCGCCCGGUGCGUGUGCUGGGCUGGGAGUCGGCCAUCAGUGCUGCACACACUCAGCAGGACCUGUCUGUCCAGUGGAAGGUAGACAGCCUCAUUGACUGGAUAGAGGAGCCCAUCUGUUAUGGUGUUUUCUUCACAGCUCCCAGACAAUGCGAGGAGAAACUCAACCUGGUCCUGUACAAAACCCCGGAUAGCAUCUCCAUCCGGCCUGUGAACAACACCGGCCCCAUGGUGGAAGGAAAGGAGUACCAGCUGCUCUGCGAGGUUCAGAACAUCGCUCCGGUCCAGUACCUCACCCUGAGGUGGUACAAGGGGCAGACUGAGGUUUACAACCACUCCUUCACCGAACUCACGUCUUCCUCGCCUGUCCAGGUGUCCUCCAUCCUCAUGGUCACACCAACCAAAGCUGAGAAUGGAGCUCAGUACAGGUGCGUAGCAGAGCUGGAGCUCGGACCAGAGGGACCACAACCGCCUCCUACUGUGACCUCGGAGCCUCUUAAUGCCUCUGUGUACUUUCCCCCAACAUUCCUCAGUCCUGAACCAGAGGUUUUGGACCUUGUAGCGGGUGCUGAAAUCACCUUGAACUGCGCUGCCACAGGAAACCCCACACCUGUGUACAGCUGGCAGUCCUCCAACCCCAUGCAGGACAGGAUGGAGGAUGAAGCAGCUCUUACCUCCUCCUCACUGCUGCCAGGGACCUACACCUGCACCGCCUCCAACACGCUGGAGAAGAAGAGCAAGCAGUUCAUUGUCAAGGCCAUGACCAAAGGUGUUUGAAACAAGAGAUGUUGAGAUGGGAUCAGAUGACCACAUUGGACACACAAUCACAAUCCAACUAAGGGGAUUUUACUGCUGCUGCGUGGAAAUGACAAUGCAUUCAUGACUCAACAGAUAUUUAUGACGAUCUUGCAGAAUUAGAUCUCAUUUAUAAAAAAAUAUAUUUGAAUAUACUAUGUUUGGUAACUGUCAUUUAAUUUGUCAGUAUUUUUAACAUGAAUGUUUUCUGUGAGAUAGACUUGUGGUUUAGGGUAUAGUUUAUGCUUUCCAUGUGAUAUCCUGUCUCUAAUUUAUAUUUUUUUUGGCUAGACUUAUUUUCGUAUUAAUUAAAUCAUCUUGUAACAUUGCAAAUGUGUAGCUUGAUAUAGCAAUGAUGACUACAUUAUCAUUAAUGUUUGCUGGGAAUUUAAUAGAAGAUCAGCAGGCCAUUACUGUAAAUAUGAACUGUUUCUUAAUUUUCUUAUCUUUAUGAAUAAAAGUUAAAUG